AUGGCAGCUAAACAUUUGAGUAUGAUAAAAGAAGUGGAAAGUUUUGAAGUGCUUCCGGAAGCGGUAACAUUGCCUGAUGAAAGUGAUCAAAAUGUUGAGACUGCAGUCGAAGCAAUGAUGAAAGUGUCUCCAGUACAAAUACAACAGGAAUAUUAUGAAAAUUUGGGUGAUUGCGAUUGGGUGAAAUACGAGAAGAGCAAUAGAAACUAUUUGCUUCAAAAUGUAGCAUUUGCUCUUUUUGGAGGACCGAGCACUGAAGGAGAGUUGUCUGAAGUCAUUGGAGAUCAACACGCACACCUUGAAGGAUACACCAGCAGGCAGAAAGAACAAGUUAUGAGAGUCUAUGAAAAAUUGUGUGAACAAAGUAAAUAUUCAUACAACGAUGACGACAUAGUUAUGUCUGUGCUCCUUGUGGUGUGUGCUAAACCAAAACCUCUGAAGUUUUAUGAGAUUCAACCCGCAAACUAUUGGUUGGACCUGCAUGAGAGAACCGAUAGUGACAUAUGGUGUACCGCAGUGUUCAGAGUCAGGAAAUGUAUACCUACUACCGUUGGAAUGAAAUCAUGCCGGGUUUACAUAGAUGAAAAUGCGAGAGUUUACCACGACUGGGAAUCGUAUUUGACAAACAAUACUUUGCCAAAAUGUGUUAUCAUUGUACCUGAAAAUGGAGAAUAUACUGGAACACUUCUAGAGGGAGAAGAAACAUUUGCUGUAAAGUUGACGGUAGCACCUUCACCAACAUUGGGUAUUAAGGCUCGAGUCCUCAGUUCAGUGGACACGGCCAGUACAGUGGCAUCUAUUGGCGCUAUUGGAGUAAUCGGUGUAGCAGCCUUCACGCCAGUAGCCCCCGUAGUACUCGCCGGCGCCGCAGUUGCUACUGUCGCCACUGGCGUUUAUGGUCUCGUGCGCUCUUCCCUACAUCUUCGUGAUAGAAGCGCUCAUGAACAAACGAUAAGUCCUACGGACGCGGAGGCGCGCGGUAGUUGGUUGAAUAUAGCCGCGUCGAGCGUUGGCCUGGCCGCGGGCGCCGCCAGCUCUCUGCUGUCACGCUCCGCCGCCGCCGGGACUAAUAUGACUAAGACGGGACAAGCGCUGGCCGUAUCAGUAGAAGUACUGCGUCACGCGAACAUAGUUACCGGUGGUGCUGGAGUUGUCAACAGCUUGCUGCAUAUAGUACUGAAGUAUCGCAAGCACGGAGAGAAACCGACGAAGCUGGAGCUCUUCCAGUUCGCGUCUGCAACGUUAUUCUUCUGUCACGCUGUGGUAUCUAACCGUACAGCUCAAAGUAUCAUUGAAGAUGCCCAGGCGAAAACUAUCAACGAAUACCGAGCCACGCUUAGGAGUAAUAGGCACAGGAAAAUGUUCGACAAAAUUAGCGCUGAAUCUAGGAGAAUACAAGGCGCCGUACAAGGCAACACAGAAGUCAUUAAAGGCAUACAGAACAUCUUCGACAAGGACCAGUACUUCGCUGACGUACUCAGAAUAAACAAAGAUGUAAACCAACACAAGCUUAGAAUAUCCAUGACAUCUGAUGGCCAAGUCAACUUGAACUCUCAACAUAAAUUCAAUCCUUCAGAGUUGUACAAUCUGGGUAAGGAAGGUAGGGCUCAACUGUUCAGUUCUCUGGGACCUGCUUCACUGACUACUAAUAAUGUGCCGACACGUGUAGUUCCAUCGACUAACGCAGUCACGGGCUAUGUUGAAGGCGAGGAAGAAGGCACUUUAGUUGGCAUCCACCCUGGAGAAAUACUAAGAAUCGGUUCUCUCCUUGUUCGAGUUAGUGCUUCAGGCGCCGAGAAUGUGGCUCUCAUGCUAGAAAACCUCAGUCAAGAUGUCUACGCCAAUCUCAUGACAAUAUCAUUCAAUGUCUUAUCCAAACUUGUCCCAGAAGACAUCGCCAGACUUAGACUACUGAGCCCUGAAGAGGACUUGAUAGUCCAAAUUGUUAAAUUCGUAUUUAAUUAUAUGAAACACCAAAGACCGUUCGGUGACCCGAGCAGAGACAACGACAAUGGUAUUGUUAUAGUUUUAAAAGAAUUCUUCCAAGAAGGCGUUGUGCGCCAAGAAACAAUAUUGUAUUUGAAAGAUCGUCUGCUCGGCUGGGUCGACAGUGAAAUGGAUCGAAGGUCAUUGGAAUUUCCGAAUAAAAAGUCAAUAGUUUGUGAAACUUGUAGGGGUAUCAGGUAUAUAUAG